AUGGUUAAUUUACUCGCGGAAAGCGUGUUUGGGCAGCUUGCGCGUACUUUCUCGGGAGGACGCUUGCUUCAGUCACAUCUACAAGAGCCAGACUUUGACAUCGAUAAUGUUCAGCUUACCAAGAAUGAAGAGGGAGAUUUGGUUGUUGGAUGGUGCGAUGAUAACGAUCCUGAAAACCCGUACAACUGGCCAUUUUCUGCAAAAGUUUAUGUCACAUUCUUACUAUUCAUUAUGACCAUGUCUGUCUAUAUGGGAAGCAGUAUUGUUUCGCCUAGCAUACCCGAAUUGUCCACAUACUUUAAUGUGGGAACCACCACUGCGACACUGUCCAUGUCCUUGUUUGUAUGGGGAUACGGUUUCGGACCGCUUCUUUUUUCUCCAAUUACGGAGAUCUCGUGGGUCGGGCGCAACUAUCCCUACAUUAUUUGCAUUGGUUUGUUCACUAUUCUCCAAAUUCCCAAUGCUUUGGUAGAUAAUGUGGCGGGGUUCAUGAUUUUGCGAUUCCUUUGCGGUUUCUUAGGGAGCCCUGUGCUUUCCACAGGUGGCGCUACGAUCGGUGACAUUUGGCGACUUGAGGGUGGCUUUAUGAACGGCCUUGCAUUUUGGGGAUUUGGUGCAUGUGGUGGGCCUACACUGGGCCCUCUCAUUUCUGGUUAUGCGGUGAUGAAGCUUGGCUGGCGGUGGUCCAUUUGGCCAUUGCUCAUGUUGAAUGGGCUUGUCUGGAUUCUGCUCUUUUUUACAAUGCCAGAGACUAGUGGCGCGGCAAUUUUGAGCAAAAGAGCUCGCAGGCUCCGGAAAACCAUGAAGAACGACCGGAUCAAGUCGGAAAGUGAAAUCCAGGAUUCGGCGCUCACUACGUCGACGCUGGUGUACAAUACACUGUGGCGACCAUUCCAGCUGACAUUUUCCGAGCCUGUCUUGCUCUGCACAAACUUGUACAUUGCGUACUUGUACGGGAUCAUUUAUUGCUUUUUUGAGGCCUUUCCCAUCAUGCUUAUGGGGAACCAUGGAUUCAAUGUGGGUGAAAUGAGUGUCGCAUACAUCAGUGGUUAUAUUGGCGCGGGAGUCACUUGUCUUUUUUACUGUUUGUACAACAACAAGGUCGUCUUGCCACGGUUUUUAGCUGGCAAAUGGCGACCUGAGUAUCGCAUGGAGCCUACCUUUUUGGGCGGAGUCUUUUUUCCCAUAACUCUGUUUUGGUUCGGGUGGACCUCUUUUUCUGCUGUGCCCUGGAUUGUGCCCUUGAUUGGAUUUGCCUUUUUCGUGAGCGGAGCGUUUCUUUUGUUCCAAGGAUUGUUUGCAUACAUUGGAGAAAAUUUCCCCAAGUACCAUGCAUCCGCGUUUGCAAGCAAUGGACUUUUUCGUGCAUUGGUUGGUGGCGCAUUCCCCCUGUUUGCUACGCAAAUGUUUAACAAACUCACUCUCCAGGGCGGUUGCAGCUUGUUGGGAGGACUGGCCGUGCUGCUUCUUCCAAUUACCUUUGUGUUUUAUAUUUAUGGGCCCAAACUGCGCGCUAUGUCAAAGCGCACGGGUUACUAA